CUGGGAUUUUACAAUGAUAAUAUCAUGCAAAUUACGGUGUGUCAACUAUUCGGGGAUUUCCCUAUCGAAUCAGUGGGAUAUUUGUGUUACAAUUACAAUAUAAUAUAUUUAUGUACCUUAAUUCGCUUUUAUGGUUUCAUUAAGUACAUUAUAUUUACUCAUUUAUGAUAUUUUGAUAUUAUAAUAUUAUUCCUGUGCUAACGUACGUAGGUUUGUAAUUAAACUAUCUGAAGCUACCUUUAGUUUUGACAUCGUAACUGGUAUUUAAGUAAGUAUAUUUUAGGCAUGCAACACAAGCGGUUGUAACGUAAAUAAUGUCGGCUACUAUUAUCUAAAUUAAUUGAUUUACAAUACUUGAUAUUAUUUUAAAUUAUAACGUAUGAUAAGAUAUCGAUUAGAUAUUCCUAUUAUCUUUCCUGAGGACCUGGCCUCAAUUGUAUUAUUGCACUUAAUGCACUCUUAAUUUGGUCAUGUUAAAAUUUAGUAUCAUAACGAUAAGAUCUAUUUCAUUUGCGUCUCAAUUACUCUAGAAGAAUGUUCACGAAACUAUUGGUACUUAGUAUAUUGAGUGGAUCAAUACUUAGUGAUAAGGUUCGUUAUGAUAACUAUACUUUGUAUAAAGUUCAACCAGAAAGAGAAGAACAUGUAGCUUUUCUAAAAGAUUUGUUCGAAGCUGAUGAUGGCUUAGAUUUUUGGAAACCGCCCAGUGUGGUGGGUGAGUAUGUGAGUGUUGUGGCGCCACCUGAAAUGAGAGCAGAAUUUGAGCUUGCUUUAAGUAAAAGGAGUAUCAGUUCGGAAUUGAUGUUGGAGAAUAUACAGGAAGCAUUCGACGCUCAAGUUGUAAGCAGAAGAAAACGUGAAUCUUCAAGGGAACUAUUUUGGACUAACUAUCAGACUAUAGAAGAUAUUUACGACUGGUUCAACUAUUUAGCUGAAACUCGAAGCGAUAUUGUUUCUGUUGUAACAAUUGGACAAUCUUAUGAAGGUAGAAAUAUAACCGGUAUUAAAAUUGCUCGGGGCACCGGCAAAAAGGCUUUCGUGCUAGAGGGCGGACAAGUAGGAGCUGAUUGGCUGUCACCAACAGUCCUCACUUAUUUAGUUGAUCAGCUGGUCAAGGGCACAGACGCUGAGGCCAGAGCCGCUUCGGAGGAUUUCGAGUGGCACAUAUUCCCUAUUGUCAAUCCUGAUGGACAUCAAUUUACCCAAGAUUCUGUAAGACUUUGGGUGAAAAAUAGAAGGCCAACAACUAGAACCACUAUCGGUGUAGAUCUUACCAAAAACUGGAACUCACAAUGGGGAAUUAUCGGCGGCAGUUUCACUCCCGCAGCAAGCAACUACAUUGGUCUGGGGCCGUUCUCGGAAGUGGAAACAAGAUCACUGGCGCGCUACAUCGAGGGCAUCGGCCCGAACUUGGUCGGUUUCCUAUCGUUAAGAUCAUUUGGACAACGCCUUCUAGUUCCUUUCGCUCACAGCACUGUACCUAUGUAUAACUAUCAGGAUGUGUUGACUGUUGGCAGGAGAGCUAUGGGAUCAUUAUCUGUCCGUUACGGGACACUUUACAUCACUGGCACUUCUAGAUUAGUACACUCUGGAAAUACAGGAGCAGCUGAGGAUUGGGUGAAACAUAGGUUUAAUCCUCCUAUAUCUGCAGCAUACUUACUCCGUGAUACAGGGUCUUGGGGCUACACUCUUCCCGUGAACCAGGUACUGCCAACCUGUGAGGAAACCUUCGAUUCUGUAAUGGCUGUUAUUAGGGAAGCUAAAUUUAUUAACAUACUGUAAGAAUAUAUAUUAUAAUAAAACAACUAUACUAAUUA